CCGGGACUGUUCGAACCCGCCGGUUGCGCCGUCAUCGGGCACAGAGGUUUACAAGCGAAUCGCGCUUCUGGCGCCGGUAUUCGUGAAAACACGCUAGCAUCGUUCAACGCGGCUUCUGCUGGUGGCGCGGAGUGGUGUGAGUUUGACGUUCAAGUGACCGCAGACGGUGUUCCCGUCGCUUGGCACGACGACGUCGUCAUCAUUCCGUCCAACGCCCUCGGUGUUGAAAAGACAGUUCCUUUAACCACCGACGACGAAGACGACGAAGACGACGACGAUUACGACGAAGACGACAACAAGGUGACAUUUUAUCGCGUGUUCGGCGGCGAUCUUGAACCUCAACCGUGGGUCAUGGAAGUCGAAGAUGAGAUCCCAACUUUGGCACAGAUUCUUGGAAACACGCCGAAAGAGCUUGGCUUCAACAUCGAGCUCAAGUUCGACGAAGAGAACAGCUGUGAAACGCGCCGCUUGGUCGCGGAACUCCGCGCCAUUCUAGCGGUUUGCAUGGCGCAACCCAGUCGCAGAAUCGUGUUCUCAUCUUUCGAUCCAGAUGCCGCUCUACUCAUGCGUGCCAUCCAGGGCUCAUAUCCAGUGAUGAUAUUGACCGAUGCCGAGCCCCAUCACGUCGACCCGCGUCGACGUUCAGUCGCUGCCGCGAUGGAAGUCGCGCUCGAAGGUGGCUUGUGUGGCGUUGUGUCGAACGUCAAGGCGAUUAUAUCGCGCCCGUCCGACGCGACCGAUGUUCGAGACAGUGGUUUACUUCUCGCUACAUACGGCGAAGGUAACGAUGAUGUCGCUGCAUCGUCGACGCAAGUCGAGCUCGGCGUUUUCGGGAUCAUCACAGACGCCGUGCCAGCCGUCGCGAAGAAGUUCAAUGCGACGACUGUGAAUCCUGGCAACUUGGCUCCGGCGCUUGCGCCAUUGGUAUCACCCUCAGUUGAC